ACUCGCUCAAACACUGAACCACAGUGCACUGAAAGACUGACAGAGGACGGAGGGACAGAGGAAGAGAGAGCAACCUGUGAGAGAAAAUCAACAAAGUGAAAGAAAUCCAAGAAACAAAGAAAGAAAAGGAAGAAGAGAGAGGAAAGUGGGUGGAGAGACAGUGCUUCAGUCAGAACUCGAGAGCCAAAAUCUUUAACCCAACUGUUAAAGUAGCUGUCGCCAUGGCCCCCAAGAGGAAGGUCAAUCGUACAAAGGAGAUUGCCAUGGAGCCAGUUGUCACCCAGGUGAGCACUGUUACUACUCAGAUGACAGGAGGAGGAGUGGUGGUGGUGGAGGGUGUGAAGAAGAUCGAGGAGAUGGCUGCACUGGAUAUCGUGCAGCUCAACCACCUCAACCUCCCCCUGCCCCCUCCCAUCAUCAAGCCCGGAGAAAAGGGCCUGGGCCUGGGCUGUGAAGUGACCCGCCCCCUCCACGGCAACGCCCUGCUGGAGGAGCUGAGCCGCAUGCGCCAGGAGCGCUUCCUCACCGAUCUGGAGCUGGCCUGUAAGACCAAGGCCUUUGACGUGCACAAGCUGGUCAUUUCUUCCGUCAGCCAGUACUUCCGGGAGAUCCUGGCCAAGGACCCCGGAAUGAAGCGUCUAGAGCUGUCGUCGCUCUCCCCCCUCGGCCUGGCCAACGUGAUCACCUUCGCCUACCUGGGCCGCGUCCACAUGUCCCUGUACACCAUCGGCUGCACUGUGUCCGCCGCUGCCACCCUCCAGAUCCCCCAGCUGCUCCAGAUGUGCAUGGACUUCCUGCUGGCCGAGAUGAACGUGCAGACGUGCGUGUACGUGUGGAACAUCGGCGCCGCCUACGGCCUGAUUCCCGUGCGCGAUGCGGCCCGCCGCUUUGUGCUGGAGAACUUUGUCGCGUUCACCGAGACGCCCCUGUUCAACCAGCUGACCCUGGAACAGAUCACAGCCUUCCUCCAGGAGGACAGCCUGCUGCUGCCAUCUGAAGUCACCGCCUUCCAGUUGGCCAUGAAGUGGCUGGACUUCGACCCCAAGCGCCAGGUGCACGCCGCCGAGCUGCUGUCCCACGUGCGCUUCGAGACCAUUCCUGCCAGCGAGCUGGUCAGCGAGAUCCAGCCAGUGGCGAGGAUGAUGAUGGACCCUCACUGCCACCGCCUGCUAGUGGAUGCCAUGAACUACCACCUGCUGCCCCACCAACAGAACACGCUGCAGUCUCGUCGCACGCAGGUGCGUGGAGGACAGGCCACCCUGCUGACUGUUGGGGGGCGUCCCUCCAUCACCGAGCGGGCACUGAGCAGAGUGGUGCUGUGGAGAGAUCCACGCGAGGGUGCGGCCACCUGGCGCCACCUGUCCCAGCUGCCCGCUAAGAGCUUCAACCAGUGUGUGGCUGUGAUGGACGGCUUUCUGUACGUGGCAGGAGGAGAGGACCAGAACGAUGCACGCAACCAGGCCAAGCACGCUGUCAGCACCCUCAGCAGGUACGACCCUCGCUUCAACACCUGGCUGCAUCUGGCUAGCAUGCGCCAGCGCCGCACCCACUUCAGCCUGGUAGCCACCGGUGGGCGCCUGUACGCUGUUGGCGGCCGCAACGUGGAGGGCCUGCUGGCUACCAUCGAGAGCUACCUGCCUUCCUCCAACAUCUGGCAGCUCAAGACGCCCAUGGAGAUGCCACGCUGCUGCCACGCCAGUGCCGUGCUGCCCUCCGGAGACAUCCUGGUGACCGGCGGCUACAUCAACUGCGCCUACUCGCGCUCGGUGGCCUGCUACAACAUUGAGACGGACACCUGGAGUGAGAAGGCCAGCCUGGAGACCCCCCGAGGCUGGCACUGCUCCUCCACCCUGGGAGGGAAGGUGUACGUGGUGGGUGGUAGCCAGCUGGGCCCCAGCGGAGACCGCAUGGACGUCCUGUCCAUGGAGGUGUUCUCCCCAGAGAACGGUGAGUGGAGCCGGGCCUCCCCCCUGCCCCUGGGCGUGAGCACGGCAGGCCUGUCGCCCCUCGGGGAACAGCUGUACCUGCUGGGUGGCUGGAACGAGGCCGAGAAGCUCUACAAGGCGGCCGUGCAGAAGUACACCCCGGCAACUGACAGCUGGUCCAUGGAGGAGAAUCUGCCCGAGGCCACUGUGGGCGUGUCCUGCUGCACCCUGACCCUCCCACCCCGCCACACCCCCCGCAGGCAACAGCACCGCAACACCCCAACAACCAAAGAGGAGCAGCAACUGCCACAGAGAGAGAGCAGUGUGGCCCCACAGUCCAUCACUGCCUAAGAGCGAGAUUUAAACAAAUUAAAUAAAAGAGAGAGGAAGAUGGAAGGGAGGAGUGAUAGAGGUGGAGGAGAGAAGAGAGCUGUAGAUAGAGGAACAGAGCAGUAAAGAAAGGAAAAUUAAAGAUGGAAGGCAGAGUGAAUUAACUCCUAUACUGGUAUGACAACAGCACAUUAGGGAGUUCAAUGGAAUGGGGCCUAUGUGGUUGUUGAAUGUGAAUAUGACUGUAAAUUAAAUCAAUUUGCAGUAUGUGUACAAUAUGUAUUGCAGUUAGUAAGGUGGAACAUCACAGUCGUUACGACUGUGGUGAUUACGUGUGUGUGUUUUUGUGUGUGUGUGAACAUCCUGGAGUGAAUGAUAGUGUCUGGGUGUUCUAAAUUAAGUCAUACAAUCUUAUGACAAAUAUUGCAAUAUGAUUUUCAGCAAAACGUUAAUCAUUUCUCAUUUAAAAGAAACAGCGAAUAUAUGUAUUUAUAAUACUAUAUAUAUAACAGUACUGUAAAGUAUGCUUGUCUGAAGUAGUUUAGCUCAGAAAAGUUUUAUUAUACAUAAUUGAAUUUUUUAAAAGUGCAAUGAAGUGAGAGUUGCAGUGACUGCUGAAGUAUAGGUGGACAAGGUUAGAGGUCAAAAUAACAUGAUUACAAUGUCACCCACUGACGAACACAGGUAGAGAAUGUCUGUCAGGGCGAUAGCCCAGCAAACUGUGACCCUGACCUAUUCGCAGGCCUCAGAAUUUCCACCUACCAGAAACAAAACAGCAGACCUUUGAUUCGGAAAUUAAAUGGGUGACCAUUUAGAGAUUUGGCUCAGGUCAUGUUUUGUAUUUAGGCCAUGGGUUCCAGCUCACCUGUGUUUGUUAUAGAGUUUGUCGACCUCCAUCUCCAUCCACUAGGGUAGCCUAGUGGUUAGAGCGUUGGACUAGUAACCAAAAGGUUGCAAGUUCAUAUCCCUGAGCUGACAAGGUACAAAUCUGUUGUUCUGCCCCUGAACAGGCAGUUUACCCACUGUUCCUAGGCAGUCAUUGAAAACAAGAAUUAGUUCUUAACUGACUUGCCUAGUUAAAUAAAGGUAAAUAAAGCUACUAGGAAUCAGUAAAACUCCCAUAGAUGAGAACCUGCCUAGCAAAAAUAGGGGUCAAGUAAAUGAGGACUCAACUAUGUAAUUGGAUGCUUAUUUGAUUGGAGGAAUCACUCUGUAUUCAUCUUACUGAGAGUUGCUGGCACAGGGUAAGUGUGCGUUGGUGCUUUUGGCAUUUACAUAAGCAGCCCAAUUCAUGUCUUUGACCAAUUAGUAGAAAAAUAUCUGAAAAGGGCUACCUGUGUAAACAGCCAGUCUGUCCAGACAAGCAAUUCCAGAGGCAACGUAACCCUGGUGUUUCACUGAAUAAAGCCAAACUGACCUAA